GUCGGCAUCCGACGUAGAUGGUGCAGGGCUCACGCAAAAAUCCAGUAGCAGUGAAAAGAGGAAGAGCACACGAUUGACCGAUAAGGCGGAUUACUGUUCUACCUCUAAAGAUGCUCGAUGUCGUCAUUCGGAAAGGGCUUCUGUAGCAGCAUUGCAUCCCUGUCAAAAAUGGACAAGCAUGAGCUUGGAAUAUGGAUUAAAGCGGGAAUGUCCACCCUAAAUCAACUUGAUGGGGAAAACUAGAAGAGUCCCUUUAAGAUGACACGCACAGACCCACCUGACAUACUGGUGUCGACUGUGUAUAAAGAUAUAAAAGUGUCCCCUUUUUCUUCACACGUCAAGUCCUCCCAAUCCCGCGAACGAUGUGAUUUCCCAAAUCGAAGUGCACUGGAGAACAAUCGGGAUAACAAGAGGCACUGCCAUACCUUUGACCACAAGUCACUGGAGUACCUGAAACACCUCACAUUCUCAAUGGAGUACCCUUACCGGAGGGCUGACAGGCAUGCAGCCAAUCCAGAUGUGGCCUGGAAUGCCGUGGGUCGUCAGCAGGGGUAUCGCUUUUCUGCACCGGAUAUUUUCAGCCAUAGACUGACCCCUCAGCCAAUGGCCACAGAGCGGGCGAGUGAGGUAGUUGUUCCAGAGCAAAGGAAAAGGACCAGGUCAAAAAGUGCCCCCAGAGUCCAAACCAACCUUACCCCUGUGUCCUUUCAGGGGUCCCCUUCCACGAGGAGGAGAGGCAGGGAGGCCCAGAGGGCACCUAGAGACCCUAACUGGAGACCAGAGGUGUCACCACGUAGGGAAUGCUCCUACGCAGCAACCAGGGCAUUAAUGCAUGAGGUGCAUCCCAUAAAGCUCCAGCCACAGAGGAGUGAUGCUAGCCGAUAUUCGCCCCUCUAUGUCGCUGAUCAUGUAGAAGAGGGAGGGCCAGACAAACCGGCCACCAGCCCUCACGUCAGGUGUCGGGUGGACAUCAAACCAGAUGCAUCCGUCUUACAACAGACGGGACAAAAACCUGCUACUCCCAGAGUUGACAUACCUUGGCAGAAGUACCCCAGUGGGGGAAACAGGAGCCUGACAGUACCUCGCCAUUUCUCCUUUUCAAGGACCCCAACUCCCACGGACUCUUUCAGUGGUGAGUAUAGGCAGGCGUACCAGUAUUCCCGCAGCAUGCCAAAUAGCUACAUUCAGCCCGUGGAGAUACCUCUGCAAAAAAUGCCUUCCCAGAGUGAUUACUAUGGUAGGGAACGCAGGGCUCAUUCCAGUCCCAAUGUGCCAACCAAAUUAUUUUAUGCAGAUGACCCUGGGAGAUACAUGGCUGCAGCUCAUCCCCAACCAAGGAGUUACUAUCAAGACGAUCGCUAUGGUAUGCCUAGCCAAAAUCUUCCUCCCAAAAUGCAGUAUGUACACGAUCCAAGGACUCGCUCAGUGCAUACUGUACCGGCCCGAUCCUAUUACACAGAGGGCGAGACAUACCAAUACCCAGUUCAGGCUGCAUAUCCAAAAGCUUAUGCAGGAAGUGAACCAGGGCCGUACAUCAUUCAGACUCCACCGGCAAGAACGUUCUAUGGGGACGAUCCGAGGACGUAUCCAAUUCAGUCUGUUCCGCCACGGAUAUUUUACGCGAAUGAGAUGUACGCACCUUCCCAGGAGCAUUACAUUCCAGCUAGAGCAUAUUAUACGGAGGGGCGUCGGCAUGCUCGAGUUGUUCAACCUCAACCCGAUGACUGGUAUGGGUCUGAGGUGUCUGGUUACUCCACUCAUCACCCGGCAUCGUAUGUCUCUCAGAUCACCCCGACCAGAGUGGUUAGGCAAGAGCCGAUGCUCACACCGUGGUAUGCCAACCCGUGCAUUGAGCCAACGCGAAUUGGCACCGACUCCAAACCUUACUCUAGGUCUUGGGAUAAUAUCCUUAACUCCCGUGUGGAGAGGGAGCAGCCUAUUCCAGUUCAGAGGGGCCGGAGUUACGAGAACCUUCUUGCCCACGUAAAACGCAAUGCGGCUGACGAUGACAGACCACAGCCAGUAGUUGUCAAUCUUUCAAGUUCUCCAAGACGUUAUGCAGCCUUAUCUUUGUCUGAUAACUCUCUAAUUGACAAAAGCCCAACAUCUGAGUCAGGAAAGACCUCCUCCAGUAAGCUCUGGUUUGUUGCCCCUGAGAUCACUAUCACUGAUAAUGACAUUCGGCCAGGCAACCUUAACAAGUACGAGGCGAGGUCUGCCAGCUGGGAUGUGCUGGACUCAAAAAUGGCUGAAUUUCCAGAAUCUUCUCAGCCGGAUACUAUGUCCUGCUCUGUGGACUUCACCAAAGAAAAGACACACAACAGCGCCUCUCUACAGCAAAGCCUGGAGCAACUUGAUGAGCUUCUAGCUGAUCUUGUUACUGACUACAAACCCACUGCCAGUAGGAGGCCAAGUGAAGACUUGCUGGACCAACUCAAAAAGCUGAUUGAUGAAGAAGAGGCAGCAUCUUUGUCCAGAAAGGGCUCAAAGACCGGGUCAGAGGAUCCACCCCUGGACAAGCAGCCCACCUCGAUUAGAAUGAACCCAGAUGCCCUUCAAGACAUGGACUGCAGCAGUGAUGCCCUAAAGAGUGCGGACGAGUGCUCCCCGGAUCAGAGCCCGGAUGAAGAUGACAGCAUGAUGUGUUCGAACAACAAGUGCAGAAGGACAGAGACCCUGUUCAACGCUUGCCUCUACUUCAAAUCGUGCCACAGCUGCUAUACUUACUACUGCUCCCGCAACUGCCGCCGGGAGGACUGGGACAUUCACAAAGAGAGCUGUCUGUAUGGCCGGAUCAGUAGCGUAUGCCGCCAUAUCAUCAAGCACUGCCGAGAGACAGUUGAGGUCCACAAAGCCUUCUCGCGCAUUGCCAAAGUUGGCUUCCUUUCCCGAGGAAGGGGAGUGCUCUUCCUGGGAUUCCCAAAUCCAAGGUUGUCCAGUAGCUUCCUACAGUACGGCCUGGAAAGCCUUCAGAUGUCUCCAACUUACCUGUCCCUACGUGAGCUGGAAGGCUUCAAGGACAACCUAGGGGAGUAUUGCAAGGAGCUCCAGGAGGCAGGCAGGGACUAUGACCCAAACGAAUGUUUUCUCUUGAAUGUAUCCAUUGCUGUUGGGGAACAAAUGCCAGAUGGACCCUCGCCAAGGAAUCAAGCCCCAACUGUCAGGAAAUAUGCCAAGGUGGCUCUCGCCUCCUACAGCCCAGAGAAGAGUAAGGUCCACAAAAAAGACAGUGACAUGGAGACGCUGAUCCUCACGCCACCCCCUGGGAUGGCUGACAUCGACAAAGAAGGAGAGGAGGGCAGGAAGGCCAGGGAGAUCUGCUUCAUCAAUAUACAGCGUGAGCUGCGAAUUCGAGGGGUUUUUCUACGCCAUGAAUAUCCAAAGGUAUAUCAGCAGCUCUGCGAGUUUGUGGAAAGUAACAGGAGGUUCACCCCCACAACCAUCUAUCCCAUUGACAAGAGGACUGGUAAACAGUUCAUGUGCAUGAUCAUGGCUGCUUCUGAACCUAGAACACUGGACUGGGUAGGCACUCCCCAUCUUCUCGAUGACAUAAUUUAAGUGCACCUUUUUGUUGUUUAUAUAUAUAUAUAUAUAUAUAUGUAUAGAAAUACAUAUAUAUUGUUAUACAUAUCUAUAUAUCAAGCCUAUUUAUUAUAAAUGUUUGUAUUUUAUUAUUGAAAAGAGAUAUAUUCAUGUCGGUGUGGUCAGUGUAAAUCAUUGGAUUAUUGCCUGAUUUGGAUACGAGUAUAAUAGGCUAUAUAAUUCAUUUACGUAAUUCACCAGUUCGAAAACUGUAUUCACAAAAUGAAUCAUUUAUUGAUCCCAUUUUAUUUUCUAUUACAUUACUCUGAUUUAUUAUUGUUGGAAUAUAAUUUGGGUAUUUAAACAAUCUUUUAAUUAUUUUUGUAAUUUUCUCAUAUGGAAGAAUCCCCCCAAAAAUGCAUAGCCCUUUCCCUUGACUAAGUAUAAAGUGACUAUUUUUUCAUAUCUGAUUUAAAAUGGCAAAUCAUGCAGAAAAUAUUAAACAUGGAUUAUUUUCAGAGUUACUCAAAUACUUUCUAUGCAAAGGAAAAUGCUAAGUGGGUUGAUUUCCACAUUCUUAUAAAACUGUUAUUUUUGCUUGAUAAAAUAAGACACGAAUACCAUGUAUAUUAUAUUAUAUAUUAUAAUAUAUUAUCCAGUAUCUACUCUUCCUUUUAAAAUUUACAAUAUUUUAUUUACUAAAUCUUUAACAAACGAUUUACCAUUCUUGAAGUUAUUAAAAUUGAGAUUGGCAAAAUACACUACUUUGGGUGGAGUUUGAGUUAGUUUCUCAGAAUGCUCUAAUAGACAUUGUUAAUGAAAAAUUGGAAAGCUGUGAAAAUCCAACAAAAACCUAAGAGAUUUCAAAGUAUCACUGCUUAAGAUUGCAGUGCAGUCAGAUGUUACUUUAUUCCUCAAAGUGGUUUAAAUGACGUGAAUUUUAACACAUUUCAUUAAAAUGGUGCUUUAAUGUGUGCUUGGUAGAAAUACUGGAGCAAUAAUGGACUUGAAGUUAACAUUAUUGAUAUGGUACCAGUCAUGUGCUCCACGCAACAGGUGUUGGCUUGUACUGUUCAAUUUGAAACACUGUGAAUAGUAGAGGAAGUCAAACAUUUAUCAACUUCAGAAAUAGGUGGUACUGUGGAAUCAUGCAAUCUCAUAUAAGCUAGUUGAAAAGUGGCUAUUUUUAACAUAUUUCACAGAGUAUAACACAUGAAAUUAGCGAGAUUCGCUAGUUGUUGUCCUUAGAAAAAGGUGAGCCACGUUUGGCACUGUAGCUGUAUGGUAAGUAAAGUUUAAAUGCUUGAAGAAGUUAGUUGUGUAUUGUGCGGCACUAGGUUGAUUUAUAUAUGUGAUAUUUUUUUGUAUGGGACUUUGAAAAGCAAAUGGGAUAGGAACAGCUACGUUGUCUGAAAAUUAUAAUUUUAUUUAGCCUUAGAUUGGAGAUUAAAAUAUUGAACUGUUAGGAAAUGUUACUUGAGCAUUUCUCUACAAUUUUAUUUUAUACAGGUCUCUGACAAUGGACUCCAGGAAUAAAUAAUUUAAGUGAAGCAUAUAUGUGUGUCGUAUGAACAAGUGGAUACAUGGUACACAGUACAAUUAAAUACUUGCUUGCAGGUUCGCUUCCGACAAUGCUGCAUAAAAAGACGAAUGAUGAGACAAAAUAUCCUUAAUGGAAUAAUAAUUAUAAAUUACAUUUAGCAGAAUUAUUUAUAUAGAAUGGCAUAUGGUGUGAGGAUUUCCAGUGGGAUAUUUACACGCAUCGGGUAUGAAAUGGUGAGCAAAGGGAUUUACUGUAUAUAUCUUGUUCCUGGAUUAACUAGAUAAAAAAGCAUUACUAUUUAUAAAUUCUAGAGUUUAUUUUAAACCAAUUUUCAGUAUCUAUUGCUCUUUUGAGCUCUAUUAUCUGUCAGCAUCAGGUUUACAUGGAGUUACAUGUUAUAGCUCAACACUUUCUGAGGAAGUACUUUUGUUCAUAGCCUGUAGCACAGAUAUUGUAUACUGGUUUGGCUGACUGGAUGUACAGAUGCAAUGAGAUAACUGACUGCAUGUAUUUCGCAUUUAUUUUCCUCUUGCUUUAUCACUACCUUGAUGAUGACCAUAUUCUGCUUGAUGAUUUGAUCUUUAAGAUGGUUGAGAACUAUAUAAAGAAAAAAAUAUGAUAUUUUUCAUUGUGUCAGCUAUUCAAGUUUAAACAAGGAAAUGAAGAGACCUCACAUUAACAAUGUUUAGAAAAUGUUGUUUGUGGUAUUUUUUCUACUUCCAUUGUAUGUAUCUGAGUGUGUGGUAUUUAUAAACUAUAUCUAAUAAAUGGAAUGGGAAC